GUUUUGUUAGUUGCUACCACCAGAGGGCCCACGGUUAAAAGAGGGGAAGCUGGACUCAGUUUCUUGCUUUGUGUCUCUGCUGAACUUCCUAGGUCAGUUGCUGCUGCUGCUUCCUUCCCUUGUUGUGACUGGGAGCCGGGGCUGAGCAACUGCCGCAACGGGCCCUGUGCGGGGAGAGCCCGGCAUUAAGGCCGCUCUGUGCCAGCCGGGGGGACUUUCUGCGGGGGCUGCACCCAGCCCCGGGCUCUGCCGACACCAGCCCCGGAGCCGGAGCCUGCAGUCUAUAGGUACCUACGUGGAUAACAGAAAUGUGGUACAGGAAGGCUCUUCAUUCUGGCGAACAAAGGCAUAAACAAGUUCUAAUGUCUGGAAGUUGAAGCCAAAUGCAGACAAGAAAUAAGGUGCAAUUGUUUAACGCUAAGGAUUAUUAACCAGGGGAAAAAAUUACUAAUUUUUAAAUCAAGAUUGGAUAUUUUUGGAAACCAUAGGAUGCAAUUUCUGUAAGAUUUCCCUUUCAUCCUUCAAAAGCUGCCUCCCCGUCUGUCCCUUGCCUUCGUCAAGGCUAGCAGUUUUGCAAGGCUAAAAAAACAGAAAUUGUUGCAAGAACUCACAGCCCAGAAUUCACGCCUUCCUUGGCAUAAUGUUUUGAAAGAGAAGCAAAAACCAUGGGCAUAGUGGCAACGUUUCCAGCUUGGUCUAAAAUCUGAGCUCUGUGUGUGGGGUAAGGGGUCAGGGGGAGUGAUGGGAAGGGGCAGCAGGAGCAAUAAAUGGGGAGGGAGACUCCUGGCUCCCAAACCUGCCCAGCUCCAUUCACUGCAGCACCCCGGGCAGACUGACUUUCCUGGGGACAAGGAGAGAGGAAAAAGUAGUUCCUGCUUUUGCCUGCGCCCCCUGCCUGCUGAGGGAACGUGGUGCCUUGGGAAUCCUCCAAAACAAGCAUCUCCUUUGAUUCUGCUCAUUUCUAGCAUUUGGUUCACAGACUUGGAUAGUGGGAGGUUUAAAGACGUCUCAGUCCUGGUAGGAGGGGCCGGGUCUGUGCUGUAAUAAAGUCACUAUGGACUUUCCCAGCUUUGUAGAGUCAGAACCUCUGUGUGCAGUCCAAACCUGGGGGGAGUCAAGGUGUGAAGUGGACUAAAACCCCCUCUGAUGCCUCCCCAAUCACCUCUCUCUCUGGCAGGCUGCAGAAUAACAUCCGUCCAGUCCAGCUACGUCGUCCCAGAAGGGAAAUGGCUUUAGCACCGCGAAUUCAGAUGCUCACAGCUCUGAAGGGCAGCCUGGAUCUGGCCAGCAGCAAUUACUCUGGAGCUGCCUGUCGGCAGACUGGGAAAAGCAGCAUUUGGGGACCCAGGCCAAAUCGUUUUUGAUCUUCCAGACUGGCCGCGGAGAGCAUUCAUUGUCAUGAUGCCCUGGCUCUCUGAAGUCCUGCCUGUUUUUGGGAACCCUGUUGCACUGGUGAGGGCAGUGCUGGACGUUCCCAUGUAUGCCACAGUGACUUGUGUGGGUCUUUGAGCAAGAUGCCUGUGACCUUUGAGGAGGUGGCUGUGUAUUUCUCUGAGAAAGAAUGGGCUCUGCUGGACCUGGGUCAGCGAGCCCUCUACAGGGAUGUCAUGCAGGAGAACUAUGAGAACGUGACCUCAUUGGGAUUUCUGAUGUCCAGACCUGACUUGAUCUGUCAGCUGGAACAAGGGGAAGAGACAUGGGUCCUAGAUCUCCAGGGCUCGGAGGAAAGGGGGAUCCGGAGAGCUGCCUGCACAGCAGGUGACGAGAUGUUGUGUAAGAAUGAGGAGGAGAAUCCUCAGCAGGAAGGGCCUGUGCAAGUGAAACCGUGUGGGACGGUAUCAGGAGGAUCCAGAGGAAAUGUUCCUGCACAGGGAGAAGUUGGUGGGAAUCAGAAUGGAUCAAAGAGGCAAAAGGAAAAGGACUCAGGGAAGGGACAAAGUAAAUCCACUUCCCAUAAGGGUGGUUCCAGAGAAAGCAACAAAACCACCGUUCAGCAGACCGGAGAGACGCAGAAAAUAUGCAUAGACUGCGGGAAAAUAUUCAGUUGCAUCUCGCACCUCAUUAGACACCAGAGAACCCAUACAGGAGAGAGACCCUUUAAAUGCCCCGACUGCGGGAAAGGCUUCGGUCGGAGCUCGCACCUGGUUGUACAUGAGCGGAUCCACACGGGAGAGAGACCGUACAAGUGCGACGAAUGCGAGAAAAGCUUCAAUCAGAGCCCACACCUUAUUAGACACCAGAAACUCCACCUGAUGGAGAGACGCUGUAAAUUACCUGCCUGGGGUGGAGUGAAUACUGCAUUUUCCAAUUCCUUGAGUAUCCAGCUGCCUAUCGCUGGGAUCAGGGGGCAGCUGCAGUUGCCUCCAGGCUGCUCAGUGAAUCUCUGGCUCUGCCUCCUGUAGCAAACCACAGGCAGUGGAGAAGCCCCAAUUAGUUUUUCUUCAUUGCUGUGCUGCCAGGCCCCUCUGUCACUUGCCAGCCAGGUGGUGGUUGGGGAAAGAAGAACUCAACUCCCCUAGACACUCAUCUCCCUGGACUCAAAUCCCUUUCCGCUAACCAAUUUCUUGAGCUAAGCCACCUUUCUCAGGGCAGAGACCUGUCUCUGCACCAUCCUCUGGGACUUAGGCUGGGCCUCCCACACUUACUGGCGUUCAUGUGGGGUGGGUGCCCCAGAGGCCCUUCCCUUGCAGACUUUGGGAGGAAACCAGGGAGAUCAAAUGUUCGGGGGACUAGAAGAGGAAGAAUGGGCAGGGAAUGGGUUGCGGGGAGUUUGAAUCAGGUGACUGAAUUAGCAAGUGAUCAAGUGCUGAGAUUGGACAACUCUUCACUAGUUGGCCAGAGCUAACUGCGGCAAAGAGGAACACCAGCUCGAAGGAAAGGAACAAGAUUUUGUGUGCCAGGAUUAUGGUUACUGUCUGCAAUGAACUUCCCACCCCGUGAACCACCAGCAGCUCUGAGACCAGCACUCAGGCACUUCAGUUGGUCAGUGCAGUCGCAGCCCCUAAGAGUCAAUUUCUGAUGUUGGGUUAAAAUGACCUCAGAGCACCCUGGUAACUCAAGAAUUACAGGGCGGGGGGUUCCUCACUGGGAAUCUUCGAGAGAAAUUAGAGACCAGUCAUUUCCUAUGUGUAUUUGGGAUUUGCAACAAGCAGUGGAUGAGUGGGUGUUUGAGUCAUAUUUAUCUCUGGGGAAAUCACUGGGGUAUUUAACAGUAAUUAUUCCAAUUCUUCAGAAUGUCUAAAAUUAGAGUGACAACUAUGGGUCACUGACAGUCCAGAUCUUUGUUCUUCCCAAACGAGUGGAGUAGGGCUCGGUGAGAGGUCCCGCUGUGAUGCCACUCUGCUCACUGGGGAAUGGGGUUGAUUCUUUGAUGCCCGUUGCCCAUUUCAGGUAACGUUUCACCCCCUCUGUGCUAGUUAUUCCCUCUCCCUGAACUAUCUCUCUGUUGCACCUUUUUAUUUCUAUUUUGGUAAAUAAAACCUGCACAUACAGACGCUGUCUGGAA